AUGGUGACAACACUCAAGAAGAAGACGACAUGCCGGCAACCGUUUAUCUAAAGGUGAUACGCGARAGCGCUUCUUACUUUAAGGAUGGAAAUAAUGAAGUGAAGAAAUUCCGUCAGKCACGACGUGACAAAGACUUCACAUUUAACCGUUUUCAAAUAACAGAUGAAGCAAAAUGCAAURAAGCGGUCAAAGAAGGAACCAGCGAUUCUUCCUUCUGCAUGACGGAAAAAGACGCUCGUUUAAUCCCAAUGUGCUCUCGACCUAAUGAUUCGCCUACUAGUGGUGAUAAACUUCUUGGAAGCCCAGAAUGUCCAAGUCCAUUUGGAACUUACAGAGUCGAGAUGCCGAUCGACGAAACAUCUUCUUGCGAAGGCUCAAUGAUAAGUAACAAAAACUGCAAAGAUUUUGAUCCGAGCAUCUACACUAAGAUGAAUGUUUGGGUUUCCAAUCUGUAUUGGUCUGGAAGCUAUCCCAAAGGAGAAGAUGAUGCAAGAUGCAAAAUWAACGACAAAAUGGCGAAGCGAAAUAACACAGCUCAGAUCUCAUCACYUAAKACUGCAUGAAUUGAAAUGAUCAAAUCAAAAGCUGUUUUAUGGAAAUGGUCGGGAAUAAAGUCUCAAGACGCACGAAGAAUAGAUAAUUACAUGAAAAAUUAAUUUAAUCAUUAAGAAAGGAAUGUCAAAGUAAUGUGGAUCGCAUAAAACGAGUUAA